AUGUCAUCAAGUCUAUCUAUGAUGAAACAAAACGGUAAUGUUCACACUUCACAUAAUAAUGAAGUUUACUUACUGAACGUGGGUGGAGAACUAAUGUAUGCUACAAGAGAUACAUUGACUUAUAUUCCCAAUACAGUUCUUUCGUCAGUCCUUCUCUCGACAACCGAAAAUCGUUCAAAAUUAAUUCAACACGAUGAAAAUGGACGUAUUUUUAUUGAUUUACCGCCAAUUUUAUUCAAACAUGCGUUGGAACAACUACGUCGAUGGAAGAAUCGAGGUAAUAUGUCGGCUGAUAGAGAAAUUCUGCCACCUUCAUGGCAUGUUCAAAAUGAAUUCGAUGAAAUGCUCAUUUCACUCGGUUUGGCCAAAUACAGACAAAAUUUACCAAUCGAAUGUACGGUAUAUAAUGUUAGUGAUGAUGCAUCACGUCGCGUGGGUACAGGUGGAGGUGUGCUUUGUGAUCGUGAUGUUGUGGGUUGGACACGAUUUAUUGAUCGAGCCGGUAAUGCAAUUGUUCGACAAGCACCAGGUAUAGGCUGUGGUGCUCAGAAAUCUGGUUGGCUACUAGGUACUUAUCCCACAGAACCUUGGACAACGACACUAAGUACUUUAUGUUAUACAGAUGAAAUGCGCAUACCGUGUCGAGCUUCGACACCGAUUCGAACUACACAUUGUGGUAGUUUUCUAGUCUUUGAACUGCGUUCGCCACCGUUUUGUCCAGCACGUGUUUGUACUGAUGAUUACAAUCUAAAUUAA